UCUCGCGCCUGCGCCGCGGCGGAAGGUCGUUCCUGUGACCGGCUCGGCGUUUGGAGCAGCUGUCGCCAUGUUGUCGGUGGCCGCCCGUUCGGGCCCGUUCGCGCCCGUCCUAUCGGCCACGUCCCGCGGGGUGGCGGGCGCGUUGCGGCCUCUGGUGCAGGCUUCAUUGCCCGCCACCCCGGAGCCGCCAGUGCUGGACGUGAAGCGGCCCUUCUUGUGCCGGGAGUCGCUGAGUGGCCAGGCCGCAAGCCGGCCUUUGGUCGCCUCCGUGGGCCUCAAUGUCCCUGCUUCUGUUCGUUAUUCCCACACAGACAUCAGAGUGCCUGACUUCUCUGACUAUCGACGCACCGAAGUGUUAGAUGGUACAAAGUCUUCAAAAGAGAGCAGUGAGGCUAGAAAAGGUUUCUCCUAUUUGAUAACUGCAACAACUAGUAUAGGUGUUGCAUAUGCUGCCAAGAAUGUCGUCUCCCAGUUUGUUUCCAGCAUGAGUGCUUCUGCUGAUGUGUUGGCCAUGUCAAAAAUCGAAAUCAAGUUAUCCGAUAUACCAGAAGGCAAGAAUAUGGCUUUCAAAUGGAGAGGAAAACCACUGUUUGUGCGUCAUAGAACCAAGAAGGAAAUUGAGCAGGAAGCUGCAGUUGAAGUCUCCCAGUUGAGGGACCCACAGCAUGAUUUAGAUCGAGUAAAGAAACCUGAAUGGAUUAUCCUGAUAGGUGUUUGCACUCAUCUUGGUUGUGUACCCAUUGCAAAUGCAGGAGAUUUUGGUGGUUAUUACUGCCCUUGCCAUGGGUCACACUAUGAUGCUUCUGGCAGGAUCAGGAAGGGCCCUGCGCCUCUCAAUCUUGAAGUUCCCUCAUAUGAGUUCACCAGUGAUGACAUGGUGAUUGUUGGUUAGAGAUCUGGACUUAAGUCCUAGGCUCCUUUCAGUCGUCUUGUCACCUCAGAAGACCUAUAAGCAAGCCUUCUAUACUUAAGUUGGUUGAUUUGAAAUAUUUAAGAAUUGCUAAUGUAUUUGCAAACAUUAAUGUGAAGUAAAUUGAAUUUCAUGUUGAAUGCUUUCAAGCGUUCACCUAAUAAAGCCACUGUUAAACGUUGUUAAACUCAAAGACUUAAAAGGUGCGGUGUCUUUGAUAGUUUAAUUAAAAAUUACAGACUGAUGUACUAGA